AUGACAACUACGUUCACUUUAGAAGACGACAAAGAAAUGGUUCAGCUAGCGUCCGCCCAUGUAGACGCAGGUACGCGAAUGGCGUGGGCAGAUAUUGCCCAGCGUGCAGCAUACAGGCCACAAUGCCAGAGGAGCACUGCAGUAGCGCCUUCGGACGCUAAAAAACGUGGGGAGGGGGGGCAAGCUUCUUCACGCCGGUGCAACGGCCACGCGGUCGACCACCCAGGGUGGCGCGUCAGUUGGUUCAAUAUGUUCACACUACGCAACAGCGACAGCGCAGAACAGGACCUUCGGUGCAACAACAAAGCUCGGCUGGAGAUGAUUCGGUGCGGCCACAGCGUCCAGGUGCAAGUGUUGCGGUACGCCCACCUCUACAGCGGCAAGCAGCUGACUCACAACGUGAUCGUGUUGGGUUCUGGCCCCAGCAACACCCGCUACCGUCUACAGCGAAGGUUGUACAAGGCGCCAGCAACCUGUCGCAUCGCAACGCCGGGUGACUGA